GGGACGUCUUCCCCAGCCUGGCAGCACUACUCAUACCCCCCGAACCCGUGGCAGGUAGCCGGAGCCAACAGGACGCCUCCUCCACCUGGAACCUGCCCGCUGGACGGACAACAGGAAGGACGUGAAACCAGCCAAAUCUCUCAGAGACACUGGGAGACCUCCCCGUCCUGCAGUACCGACACCCGGCCACCGGGGGACAGCACAGCGUUUGACUUCUCCGUGAUGUCCUACAACAUCCUGUCUCAGGAGCUGCUGCAGGACAACGUCUACCUGUACCGACACUGUAAGCCCGGCGUCCUGCCCUGGGGCCACCGGCUGCCCAACCUGCUGGCUGAGAUCCAGCAGCACGACGCCGACAUUCUGUGUCUUCAAGAAGUCCAGGUGGACCACUAUGAGAACCAGAUUAAACCUGCUCUACAGGCACUAGGUUACCAGUGUGAGUUCAGAAAGCGAACAGGAAGUAAACCCGACGGCUGUGCUGUGAUCUUUAAAACCUCCCGCCUGUCACUCCUCUCCUCCAAUCCCGUGGAGUAUUUUCCGCCGGGUGACGCCCUCCUCGACCGGGACAACGUGGGAUUGGUUGCGCUGCUGCAACCUAACGACGCCGCGGGCCAAUCGGAUCCCUCGGCCUUCAUCUGCGUCGGCAACACUCACCUCCUCUACAACCCUCGCCGCGGCGACAUCAAACUGGCCCAGCUGGCCAUCCUAUUGGCCGAGAUCGGCCGGCUGUCCCGCCUCCCGGACGGGUCGACCAAUCCGGUGGUGCUGUGUGGUGAUUUUAACUCCAUCCCCCACAGUCCACUGUACAGCUUCCUCACCACGGGCCGCCUGACGUACAGAGGACUACAGAUCGGCACGGUGUCUGGUCAGGAAGACACUCCCAGAGGUCAACGUGUCCUCACGUCUCCGCUCUGGUCUCACAGUUUAGGAAUCAACCAGCAGUGUCAGUACGAGGACAAAUCCCCCCCCGCCGAGUCCUCGUCCCCCAGCAGUCCAUCAGCAGUAGAAGGAGCGAUCUCUAGUCUGACUGUAGAAGACGUCGCCACCAAAGCUGCUGCGUCUUCUUCCAACAGAGCUCAGAUCAGUCACAGUCUGAAGCUGCAGUCGUCCUACCAGCACCGCCUGAAGCCUGACGGGAGGCCGGAGAUCACCACCUGUCACUCUCGCACCGCCACCACCGUCGAUUACAUCCUGUACAGCCCAGAAUCCAUCACACCUCCUUCAAUUCGUGUGGGCGGGGCCUCCGACUGCUGUGGCAGGCUGUCAUUGGUCGGCCAGUCGGCUGAGGAAGUCAACGGCCUGCCCAAUCGGUGUCACUCGUCCGAUCACCUCCCUCUCCUCGCUCGUUUCCGCCUCGGCGCUUGACCCGGAGGGGGGGGUACUGGACAGCCAAUCAGAACAGCUGAACGCGGCGCCGCUCAGGAAGACGGAACACUUAAAGAUGUCGUUUGAAGUAAAACACACAAGUUGAAGUUGUUUUCUCUCAAACACACACGAGCUGCUGAAAGAGGAUUACACUUUAUGCUUUCCCGUUGGAUAUCAUCCGAGAAGAAACUUCAGAACAUUCAUGUAAUAUCUGAAACACACGUUAAUAACUCACUUUAAUAACUCAGUUAGUGGGGACAGUAUGUGUUGCCAAAGUACAAACACUUCAAUGCAGCAUGUCUGAAUGUUUCCUCGUGCUCAGACUUAGUUCUGAAAGUGGAUAUAAAUCUGUGGAGUUUCAUAGGACGACGUUUACACCUCCAGAGUGUCUGUUUGAGCAGCUCGUUCAUGCAGCUACACAUAUCAAGACAAACUCAUUUUAUGAACAUGUUCUGCAUCUAUAUAUAACAUCAAUCAUAUUAAUCUGGGCUCAUUCAUCGUUCCCUUGCGCCAGUUUUUAUUCUGAUUUGUGGAAGUUCUUUUGAAACAACUAAGUUGUGCUCUUCUACGAGAUGUGAAUCUACGACGGGACGGAUUUUAAAUCUAUGUUUUAAAGAGUUUUAUCACUUAAUGUUGAAAUGCUGCUGACGAGGAAAACCACUUGAUGACUCUGUUGGCCGUGAUAGAGGGGCACAUAACAUUAUACAAUGUGGCUUUUCAAAACUGAUUUGGAAACGACAGUUGAAGACAAAGUAAUCUUGUAAUUAGUAUUUAUGUAAUUAAACAGUUAUGAAAUUCAGGACAUUUUCUGGCACCAGUUUCAAGUCGCCUUGGAAAUGUUCUCUUUAUAUAAUGUUCUAUAAUUUAUGAUAUUGCUUCACAUUCUUCACACAAUUUAAAAAGUUGGACGUAACGUUUAUUUCACCUGCAGACUCAGACUCAGACUCAGACGGAGGAUGAAUGUAGUGUAGUUAGGGACGCAUCGAUACCAGAUUAGACGUCGGCUACAGCGAGGCGAUUCAAUUUCUACAUUAUAUACUGGAAUAUUUCAGUUGUGACCAGUUGUUGCUGCGUUAUAAAGAUUUACACUUCAACUGUAA